AACAGCAAGUGACAAAGGCUGGUAGGAGAAGUUCCUGGUAAAAGAUGAAAACUCUGCGCUUUAUCGGUGCUGAAGCAUUUAUAUCAGAUGAAAAAUAUGCUAAGAAUAAUGUCAGGAAUGUUGCCCAUGAUCUGUAUCCACUUUUAUUCAAGGCUUGCUACUUACAUGAAAAGGUAGAAAUAAUACAUCUCUUGGUAGAAAACUGGCCACUGCAAGAUUUUAACCUUGGACAACUUCUUUGCAAUACAGUGGACUACCCAGAAGACAUGUGCCACUGGGCAUGCCAGCUUAGUUUGUCAGCUUGCUUAAAAGGCUUGAAAAGCUAUGUCUUAAAUUGUUCAUCAAACUACAUGAAGAGACUUAAAGUUGUGGAUUUAACAGCGAUAAAGGAUAUUGAAGUUCAACCAUGCAAAUGUAAGAAGUCUCUGGGGAGGUGGGCAAGAACAGACCUCCUCUCAAAGCUGUGUUAUGAUCUGUUAGUUGAAAUGCAAAAAAUGAAAACCAACCCACUAGUGUUUGAAGUGAACAUCAGUGUUUUUAUGAACCUGUUUGUUACAGAGAGGAACUAUGAGCUUGUUGUUCAAGCAUUAUUAAUGAAAUGCCACUGCCCACUAAAAAUAAGAUGUGUUGAUUUCAGAGCUGAUAGUCUUUCACUGAGGAAACUUUUCUAUGUUCUAAAGCUUGCUGACCCGGCUUCUAUAAACAAACUAGAAAUUGUCCAUAAUGUGCCACUGGAACUUGAUCAUCUUGAGGUGCUUCUAAAUAAUGUAACUUUUCCCAAACUCUAUUCACUUACACUGCCUGCUAGGACUUUCAAUGUUACGAGAUACACCGCAGAAGAUGAAAUUGUUUUAUGUGGAGUUGGGGAAAAACUGAGCAACAUGACCAAUCUGACUGAACUAUGCCUGUCAUUUUCUACUCUUACUGGCAAAAUAAGGAAACUGUUAAGCCCAUUAAAGACUCCUUUGAAAAUCCUGGAAAUUGCAAAUUGUUCCUUAAACCAUGCAGACAUGGCCUACCUGUCAAACAGUCUACAUGCUGAGCAUUUAGAAUUAUUGGAUCUUAGUGGCCACAAUGUGACAGAGCUCUUUCCAUCAACAUUCUUCAAGCUCCUUUCCAAAGCUUCAAGGACACUUCAUACUCUUAUUCUUGAGGAAUGUAAUAUUGGAGAUAAUCAUGCCCAAAUGAUUGCAAUAGGCAUAGUACCUUGCCGCAAAUUACAAGAAUUUAAAUUCCUUGGGAACCCAAUUUCCUCCAGAGCCCUUCGAUUUCUAUUCAAUAUUUUUGUUGAUCUUCCACUGCUUAAGUACAUUGAAUUUCCAGUGCCAAGAGAUUGCUACCCUCAUGAUGUCAGUUACCCACUAGAUGAAUGUACACUUAUAAAAUUUGACCAACAGAAGUAUGAAAAUAUAAAAGAAGAUCUUCUCUCAGUUUUGCAUCAAGCUAAUCGCGAAGAUAUAAAAGCCGCUACUCCACUGUUUGGAAGUUAUGAUUCUGCAAUUGGAGAGACAAGCACUGAACUUGGGACAUAUCUAUUAACGUCAUUCAAAGAAGCUCUAGAACAUUUCACAUCAUCUUUGCAGAAAUUGAAGUAAAUCGAAUAAACCUCAAGUUAUGUUUA